GGCUGGCAGGGCUUGGGUGGGCGAGCGCAUGCGAAAGGAGCCGCCACUACUCCAGUUAGUUUCAAGCGAAGACCCGCUAGCCGGCUAAGCUCUCUCAAUCCUCGAACAUGCUCGUCCCGAAAAAGAACCGCAUCGCUGUCUACUCGUACCUGUUCAAGGAAGGUGUGAUGGUUGGCAAGAAGGACUUCUUCGCACCCAAGCACGGUGACGUCGACGUGCCCAACCUCCAAGUGAUCAAGCUCAUGCAAUCGCUCCACUCGCGCGGCUACGUCAAGGAAACGUUCAACUGGCAAUGGUACUACUGGUAUUUGACCGCCGAAGGCAUUGAAUACCUCCGUGCGUACUUGCACUUGCCGACCGAGAUCGUCCCUGCGACCUUGAAGAAGCAAGCGGCCCGCCCUCAACGCCCCCAGGCGCCUUCCGCCGGCGGGUACGGCCGUGGCAAGGACAAGAACUUGGGGCCUUCGGGCGACUUCAACCCUGAAUUCCGCGGCCGCAACCAAGAUGGCUACCGCCGUGAAGCCCCUGCUGCCGAACAAUAAACGGGUCGAUCAGUUUUGAGGUUCGGGUCGGAGGUCAAGUGUGCGUUGGUGAAGAGUCGUGUAGUAUUUAACACCAAGGAUUGAGACACUUGAAAAACUACA